AGUCUGAGACCGCGACAUCUGAGACCGCGACACCGGCUCACUGCGUGCAACCACAACACCUGGGGGUCAACAGUUCGACAGGUUGUAAACAUUCUUGUACACGGGUAGAUACAAGUGAGUGUAUCCGCAACGGAAAUAGUCUUCAGAAAAGGUAAAAGAACUGUACCACAUUCUAUGUCUAAGUCAGCCUAAUUAUCAUCAACCUUGAAUCAUGCAGCAGGUGCCAGAUCCACCAUGAUAUUGUUGAAAACACAGUGCCUUUGACAACAGCCACUAUAAAAAGGAAACCAUUAAGUUUAUGACUGAGAAUCAGCCAAGAUAAUUCUGUAGUGGGAAAGGCAAAAUGUCUCCAGUAAAACAGUUGUAAGCAAAAAAAUAGAACAGCAUGCUAAAUUAGCUUGUGCUGACAAGAAAAAUAUGAAAGAAGAAAGCAUGGAAACAACCAAACAUGAUGAUAGUGAAGAUAGCAUGGAGAAUAAAACUGAUGAUAAACUGCCGCUGAAUCAUAGAACAAAUAUGUGUGAAUCUCCAGCGGAGGAGACAGAAUACCAGAAGGCUGGUUCUAUUCAUCUUCACAAGAAUUCAUCUAAGGAGAAAUUUGAUUUGCUUGGCUUGUUGUCUCCUGCUAUUCCUUUGUAUCCACACAUGAAUGGGACAGACAGCAUUUCACAGCAGUUUGAACAGUUAAGUGGCAAAGACAAGAAUCUCAUUUUGGUGGCUGCACAUGUGGAUGAUGCCUUGAGGGGAAGAGGUGCUUAUGGGAAGGCGAGAGCCAUUUUUAAACUAAAAUGGCAGCGACGGUGUUUUGCCAUCAUAGACAGCAAAUGGUUCAACAGAGUCAUGUAUGCUUUCAUACUUUUACACACAGCAUUGGUGUUUUUUGAGCCUACACAAGCACAUGUUAAACCGGGGCAGGUACACUGGGUGGUUUUUGUCUUGGAGUUGCUCUGCCUCUUCAUGUACACCAUUGACAUUGCACUUCAUCUCCAUUACUUCACCUUCAAGACAUUUUGGACCUGGUCGAUAGAAGAAACCAAGUGGACCAGGGUGGAAUUCAUCUUUCUUUUGAUGUUUGUGAUAGAUUUUGUCAUUUUGGUGCUGCAGCAUUUCAUGCCACACCUGCAUUGGGUUCAGCCAUUCAGAUGUUUGAGACUGGCAGCCAUAUUGUGCAAGUCAAAGAAUGUGUCCCACAUAUUUGAUGUGUGUUUGUCCAUUAUUUACAAGUUAGGAAAGGUGUUUUUCAUAAUCUUCAUCUUUAUUGGAAUAUUCUCAGCAGUGGGUGUCCAUGUUUUCUCCCAAAGCUAUCACUGUUUAUCAACAAACUCCAGUAUUUCAUCAAAUGAUUCCAAUUCUAAUGGCAGCAGAUGUGUGGAGGAUGCAUCUAAUGUCUACACAGGUGCUUUUGAUAAUAUUGGUAUUGCUGCACUCAGGCUUUUUGUUCUGUUAACCACCGAGAAUUACCCUGAUUUAAUGGUGCCAGCCUAUGACAAGCAGCAUGCAAAUUUUAUCUACUUUGGUAUCUAUUUAUAUGUGGGGGUGUUCUUCUUGACAGCAAUAUUGCUAGCCAUUGUUGUAGAAAGUUACUGGGCAGUUGCUAAAACACAUGUAAAAAGAGAGAGAAAAAGAGAGAGGGAGGAACUGGUGAAAGCUUGGAACAUUCUAGAUCCACUUGGAGAGGGUGAGAUUGAUGUGAACGAUGAAAGAAUAUUCACCAUAUUUCAGAUGCUCAGGCCAAAGGAUUCUGAAGAAGAAAUAAGAGAGCUUAUAGAGUAUGUGGACCAUGACCAAAAUAAUGUUAUUGAUGUGUUCAACUGGACAACCAAAUUGACCGAGGCUCUUCAAGUUCAGUUUGACCAGGAUGCUAAUGAUUCUUUGCAGUUGCAGGAAAAGACAUGUGCCUCAAAGAUGUCUGCAAAAGUGAAACAGUUCAUAGACUCCACCAUAUUUACAAGAACAAUUCUCAUUUUAAUAGUAGUUCACAGUAUUCUUUUCUGUAUCAAGUGGCAUGGGAUGAAAGAAACAGACGAAUUGAUAGUUCAGGCCCUGAAGACCUGCAUCAUCUCUAUAUUUUUUGUUGAAAUCUUGUUGAAGCUCAUAGGCAUUGGCAAGCAACUGAAACAACCCCUAGAGUUCCUCGACAUUAUUUUAUCAGUUGUGGCCAUUUUGACUAAUGCAUUGUGGUAUUUUGUGCCGAGUGUGUUCCAAGAGGUGGACCCAAUGACUUACAAAGGUGCUAUGGUGGUGACAUCAUGUCUCGCCGUGUUUUGUAGGCUUGGGUUAAACUCCCGCCAGACAAGGAAAGCUGUUCUGAUUAUCAUGAAGAUUCAUCCUGUCAUGUUUGACUUGAUUGUUAUGGUGGUGAUCAUUAUGUUUUUCUAUGCUGUCCUUGGAUUAGAAAUCUUUUUUGGGCAGACAGAUUCCUCGGGUGCAUCUGUUCAACAUUAUGAGUAUGAUUGUGGUCUAGGCUUUGAAUCCCUGUGGAACUCCAUGGUGUGCUCCCUGCUGCAUACUUUUCAGCUUGUAACCACCAGUAACUGGCAUGACAUGAUGAAUGAUGCAAUGAAGUCCACCAACGACUGGGCAUCUCUGUACUUUGUGUCUGCCUUUGUGGUCAUCAAUCUAGUGGUCAUGAAUCUGUUUGUGGCAAUAACCAUUGAGGCCUUUAACAAGCUUGGAGCAGUGGAAGAACCAAGUGAUUCAGAACAAGGCCCUGAAGCAGAAACACAGGAAAAGUUUUCAGAGACUGCAAAGAAGUUUUUCACAAGUAUUCUAGCCAGUUCUAGGGAUGACAGAGAAGACCCCACUGUGCAGGUUGUGAGUCAUGGAGCUGCUGGAGGAGGGAGAAGAAUGUCCAUCCCUGCUCUCUCCAGACACAGUCUCAGUCACACAAGCCUGGCAGGUAGUAAUGUCAGGUUGACAGAAGUGAUGGCCUCCCCUCCCUCACAGAGUCUAAGGGAUGAGUUGGAAGAAAGUGAGGAAGAUGACUACACAGGAUUGACAUCCACUGAAAUAAAGGAACGGAAAAUGAAAAAGAGAAUGCAGCGUCGCAGGCGGCAAGAGACUAAGAUAAAAGUGAUAAGUGCAUAUCGUAAAAAGGACGACUCCCAGUUAGACCUUCAUAUGGGAGAUGAAGUGACUAUAUUAGAAAAGAGUGGAGACUUUGUUAAGGGGACAGCUAGAGGAAAAACAGGGUGGUUUCCAGCCCACUGUGUGAAGGAGCUGGUUAAAGGAGCUAAGAGGGCCAGACGCAGACUAGCAGCCGCCACUGCAACAGUCGAACCAACAGGGAGCCUGACACUCACGCAGGGCCAGACUUUGGCAUGGGGAGCUGUUUCUCCUGCAGCAGAGACAGUGGCACGUACUGAAAAUAUUCCAGGCUCUCAAACUAUGCCAGCUUCACUACAAAAAGUCAACUCUUCACCAGGGAUGUUGUCCCACCUAAACAGAGCUGAUUCAUUUAAAAAUAAAGGCACUACAAGGAUAAAGCGACAGCAAGCUGGAGACUGGAGAAGGCAAAUACAUGGAGACAUGACAGUCAUGAACCAAGAUGAGCUUUUUGACCUACAGAGAAUGUCUAAGGCAAAAUUACAGAGAAAAAAGGAUACCCCUGGAUGGUCUGGGAACAGCCCGUCUCCAAAUUCUACAUUGACUACAACUUUAACAAGUUCCAUCUCUCCACUGCCAGAACCAGAUGUUGAAGCCAAUUUAAUGCCACCUCGCUCCAAUGUUCCACAGCAGUUGUCAGACAAAGACCAAACUGAACAGUCCUCAGAGAUCACUAUAAUGCCGGAGCUGAAUGAAGAGGAGGAGGAAGAAGAAAGUGAAGAAACUCUGGGCAAGUUAAAUGUAAAUGCUGAGAAUGAGGAAACAGGAGGCAAAGAUAGCUUGAGUGUGGAAGUCCCCAGAAUACCAAGCAAAUACAAGAAGAAGGUUGAACAGAACAAAAAAGGAGAGAUGCCAGAAUGGGCCAAAAAAUUCAUUUCUACCAACAAUAUUGAAGUUACUGAAGAUUCUGUUUUGGAAGAAGCUGAGAUACCCGAUGCGAUGUCUGACCAAGAAACACCAGAAAUUGAUCUCAGUAUACUCACAAAAACAGUAGGAGAACCCCUUUCUGGAAGCAGUCCCUCUCUUGCUUCAAGAAGCAGUUCUAGAGACAGGUCACAGGAGGCAGACAGGUCACAUGACAGUGACAACCAAUCAGAUUACUUACACCACAGAGCAGACAUCAAGGAAGGAACAUUAACAAAUCACAGUGAAGUUAGAGAUGACGCAUCUUCAAAUGGAAGUCUUAGAUUUGACACGUCCAUUGAAAGAAUGAACAAUGAGUCAGCAAUUUUUGACCAAAAUGGUGACUUUGAUGAAUUCAACGGAGGGGAAAAGUCAGAGACUGGUAAAAUGUGGGCAUCACCUACUAUAGGGAGCCAAAACUUUGAAAGUAUAGAAUCUCAGGUGGAGCCUUAUAGUAUUUCACAGGACAUCUCACUUCAGCCACCUACUGAAAAUCAAAGGUUGGAGGAGGAGGAAGAGGAAUUCAAUUCUGGUGUCUCCAGCCUGUCUUUACAUAGUAUGGACAGGAUAGGAUCAGAGUUACCAACACAUGACUCGGGAACAUUGCCCAAUGUGGAAACUGUUGAAAUUAGCACUUCAAACUUGCAAGAAGAAGAGGGCCUAGACCAAAGCACAAGUAAAACAAAGAAGUCAAGAAAGAGAGACAGAGCUGCUGUCAUCAGUAAGUUGAGAAGACAGGACAAGGAGAACAGUCACUUACCAUAGGAAUCAGUCGUGAUCACUUCACACUUUCAGACCUGUCAACCACCAUAAUCUUCUCAACAUAUACACCGCUUUUUCAACAUACUUUGAUCUAUAAUUUUGUGCUCUAAGAGAAUACAGCAGAUUUAAAACUUUUAACAUAGAUAUGAUUUAGAUUUAUGAAAAGAAUACUAGAUUGUUUUCUAAGGAGACUAAUCAUAUUUUUACCUAUGAAGCAUGAUAUUUUGACCAAUACUUUUUUACCCUCUUAACACAGAAGACAACGAAAAACUUCUUUCAUCUAAAAAAAAAGAUUUAACUCAAGUUUACAACAGAAAUAAUGCUGAUAUUUAUACCUCCCUGUGUUAUGUACUCAUUAUUAAGAUAAUGCCUUGUCAAGCCAUGCACAUUCUUAAACAUGGCUGCCAUGACUCAGUUAUUCUGGAAUCCUGCAUUUAUCGUACCCUCUACCAGGGCCACAGAUUGAUUUUUCACAAGAUAUUCACAGAUAUGUCUUUAGAUAAAUAUAUGGUCAUUUUACUAUCUCUGACCCUGUGCUGAGAAAUCUAGGUUGAUUACAUGGCUCGUAAUUGUUUGCAAAACUGCUCAGGCACUAGCUGCCAUUUAAUAGACAUGACCAAGUCCCUUUGACAACAAUCAAGACAGUUAAUUGAUCUGAUUUUAAUCACUUGCACUUUUGCAACAGAUAAAAAUAGCCCCUUGUGAAUAGCAUCUGACUUCAGAUUGAAGUUAACUGAGGAAUCUCCUGUAGCAGUUCCCUACAGAGUGCUUACAGUGUCAUCUGCGCGCAUGCAGAUUUAAUUGCUUCCAUCUGGCCAAAAAUUACAGGGUGGCUUUUGGUAAUUUUUUCUUUAAUAUCUGCCACCCUGGUAGAGGGAACAUUUAUCAUGGGCUCAUCAAAGUGGACUCAUUUUGAUGGGUCCAAGAUUUUAUCAUUUAGCCAUCUUGUCACUGUGACUUGUUAUUACCUGUUAUGUGAGCUUUGAAGGUUUAUGUUUAGUGAGUCCUGAAAUAUCAUAGAAAUGACUUCAGUUAUUAUAUAACUACAUAAUUAAGAACUGCUGGAUUGUAUUUUUGUAGUUACUCUGAUCAUUGCAGUGCUUUUUGGAUAGAAAAGGAUGGGUUGCUUUUUUUUCACCACAUCAAAAGAAAAAAUGCCAUAUAAAGUAAUCAAAAUACAUGAUAUUUUUGUGUUCAAAGGGUUGUAAUUUUUUAUCAGUUUUUAUACAGGUUAUCCAUUUUGGGUAUUGCUUUAAUGAUGUACAUUUGUGCCGUACUCAGUAUUGUAAAAAUUGUGAUUAAAUGUGAGUAAAUGUUCAGUCCAUGUUUUAUUUUUAAUUUGGAGACAUCAAAGUCUGAAGACAUUUUGUUGUAUAAGCCAUACCAAAACAGGUGCAACCAGCAAUUGAAACAUACAACUACAUAUUAUAUUUUGUCCAUAUAUAUAUAUAUAUAUAUAAAUCCAUCCACUUUCUUGACAAUUUUGAUCCUUUGUCUACUUUGCUACUAAUUUACAUGUUUCAAAUUUACACAUUUUAUUUUGUAAAUGAAUAUUUAGAACAAUAUUUGUUGUACAUAUUUUAAAAGAUCUAAGAGAUGCCAUAUAAUUUGCUGAUUUUUUUUAUCAUGUAAAUUCAUGAUUCCUUGAUUUCAGUAAUUUGCUUUCAGGAUGUUUUAUAUAUGCUCCUUUUUCCUGUUAUUAGUUCUUGAGUAUACUUUUUUCAAUGUUUUUCUUCUGCUCAAUGUAAUUUCAAAGGGACAAAUUCAUUUCCAUUAAUUUGCUCCUUUAUUUAGUAAAUCGGGAAAGAUAUGUUACUUACCAUUUUAAUUUAUUCCAAUUUAACUCGACUUUUUGUAAUCAUUUAAUGAAUAAAAGAUAAAUGGUACUGUGAGAAAUAAAACAUGAGAAAGAGAACAUGA